CCCCCUACUUUUCCUUUUGCCUUUGUCGCUCUCACGUCUCACCACGCACGCAGACGCAGGCGCGCGCACAGCGUAGGGUCGCAGCCUCCCACGCACAGGCAGGCACAGGCAACCGCAUUUUCCCUUCUCCACCUCCAUCGCCUCCUCGAUCUCUCCUCCCCCCCGUCCCCCGCUCCCCCCCACCCGGCGCCGACUACCAACCGCAUGCGCCAUGCAGCCGGGGCCCACCUCGCCGCCGCACGAAUCCCCCUCGCCGCCGCACGAGGUGACGCCACAGGAGGAGCCCGCGACCCUGCCCCUGCCCGGCGAGGAGGCCCAGCCCCAGGGCCAGGCUGACGACGGCGACGCGGUCAAAGCGGCGGCGGGAGCCCGGGAGGACCGGAACGACAGGAGCGGCGCCACCGCAUCCGCCCGGGGGAGGAAGAGGCGGAGGCGCGGCGGCACCUCCUCCACCUCCCCCUCGCCCUUCCCGUCCCCUGCCGCCGCCGCGGGGACGACGCGGGGGGUCGUCAUGGUCAAGCGGGACCUGCUCGCGCGCUGCAUGACGUGCCCGCUCUGCCGCCGCCUCCUCCGCGACGCCACCACCAUCUCCGAGUGCCUCCACACGUUUUGCAGAAAGUGUAUAUAUCAGAAGUUUGAUGAUGAGGAAGUAGAAUGCUGCCCAGUAUGUAAAAUUGAUCUUGGCUGCACACCUACUGAGAAGCUUAGAGCCGAUCACAGCUUACAAGAUGUAAGAUCAAAACUUUUUCCAUUCAAAAGAAAGAAGAUUAAUGCAGAAGAAGUUUCAUCUAGUAUUUCACUUCCCACUAAAAUUAAAGAAAGAUCUAUCUCUUCAUUAGUCGUCGAUACGCCUAAAGUAAAACCAACAGGCUUGACUGGACGGCGAACAAGAGCAGUUGCCAGAAAAGCUGCUGCUGUCGCCACUGCCACUGUCACCUUGCAUGAACUUCGUCCAGUUAUUGAAGAUCCUGUGAAAAAGGAAAUUGAUAGUUGUGACAGCCAUCCUCAUGAUUCAAAUUUGCCUGCUAGUUCAAGCAAAGCACCACAAAUAAGAAGACAGAUAUCACCUAACGUGGAGGCAUCUAACCGUUCCUCCAACAAAGAUACCGAAGGUGAUAGUAACGAUGAGCUGGCAGAUAAGUCUGAGCUCUGGCGUCCUUUAAAUUGUUUAGUAGAAGCUGCCAACAGGACAAAAUCCUUUAGGUCAAGUUCACAGAGUCCAGUUGUUAAGGGAGAGCAACCCAAUGGCUCUACGAGUAGUACAUUUGCUAGCAAAGCAAAGGCAAGGGAGAAUCUGGAGAAGUCCAAAAUUCAGGAUGACAAAAAAGAUGUUCCCAUGCCACCAGUGCUGCCAAAAAGAAGAGCUCAAGGUACUGCGCGGAAGAAGAGAGAUCGUCUUCAAGCUCCAACUGAUGUGAAGCCUGAUGCUGCAGUUGCACAGAAUGCAAAGAAGUUCAGCUCCAUAUGGUUUUCAUUGAUUGCCUCAUUUGACCAGCAAGGAGAUCCACCUUUACCACAGAUCCCUUCCCACUAUUUGCGAAUAAAAGACGGAAAUAUCCCUGCUUCAUCUAUCCUAAAAUACCUCAUGCAAAAGCUCAGUCUUCCAAGUGAGUCUGAGGUGGAAAUAAAGUGUUGCGAGCAGCCAGUGAACCCUUCACAACCUCUGCGCAAUUUAGUAGAGCUGUGGCUGAAGGGAAGAGCAACACAGACAACUCAGACCAUGACCGGUUCGUCCGCUAAAGAGUUUGUAAUGGUGCUAACAUACGGACGGCCAAAGGCUCCUGCAAUGUGAAGGCACCAUGCAAACAUUCAGGCCCUCAAACCUAUUUUUCCUGUGAGGCAGCUAUAGCCAGACAAUUGUUGGCGAGGUCAUCAAAGAUAACUCUCCCUGACGACACAGCCUCACAAUAUGCAGUGGCUGGCUCACUUCAGAGCCAGCCCAAGCCCUUGAUGUCACAUUCAUGUAUUCUUUUUUUAUAGCAUAUGUUGUUUGAUUCCUUUAGGAUGUCCUUUUCUUAUUUAUUAUACAUCGAUAGUGGUAUAUAGAUAGAAAGUUGUGAUUGAUACUUGUAGGUAUCAUUGAUGUUUUGAUUGGGCCUUAAAUUAUAUAGGGAGAGAAACUUGUAGUCUUUGCUUGUAAGAGAUGAGCAGAGUUGAUUGCAGAGUGUUUCUGCUGUACCGUGACUUAUUGUAGCACUAGCACCGAAUUGUAACCCUAUAUUUUGUCUUUGAACUCGUUAGUGACUUAUUUGUUCAGGGGGACUCA